AUGGAGCUUGACGGCUCCGCCAUGUGUGCAAUGUACAUUGUACAUGCACCUACUCCACCGAUGGGCAGGCACGGCUGGGCCAUCGGGGUGACCCGACGAUUCGGGCAACACCGCACAUGUUUGGUGCAUGUCGUGCCGGCCCGACGUGUUUGGCGACAGCAAUUGACACUUUUCAAUCUUCUUAAGAAGCUCAUUUCCACUCUCCCAUCUCCAUCCUGCUUCUCUAUCAAAAGACAGCCAAUUUCAUCAUCCAGGACCAGCCCUGCCCAUAUUCCCACGUACACCAAGGAUUCCCCGCCAUCCGCCAUGGGCGACAACAAUGUCAGGUCGUACUUUGCUCCGGCAGGCGGACUGCCGCCGCAGACACAGCUUCUCACCGACCGCGCCAUGUUUACCGAGGCAUACGCUGUGAUCCCAAAAGGCACAUUCAGUGACAUCGUCACGAGCUUUCUGCCCUUCUGGGACCAGACGAGACUGUGGGUGAUUGCCCGUCCGCUGUCGGGCUUCGCGGAAACCUUUUCGCAAUACAUCAUGGAGGUUCAGCCCGGCGGCGGCAGCGACCGCCCCGAACUAGAUGACGGCGCAGAAGGCGUAGUGUUCGUCGUCGAAGGCAAUGUAACCAUCACCAUGGCAGACGAGAAACACGUCCUCGCCGAAGGCGGCUAUGCCUAUCUGCCGCCGAAAAGCGGCUGGACCCUACGCAACACAGCUGCCACCACGGCCCGUUUCCACUGGAUACGCAAAGCCUAUGAAUACGUCGACGGGCUUGGUACGCCCGAGCCUCUUUUUCUCAACGAAAAGGACAUUGCACCUUGCGAAAUGCUGGGGACCAACGGUGCUUGGGCAACGACACGCUUUGUCGAUCCCUGCGAUGUGCGCCAUGACAUGCAUGUCAACAUUGUCACCUUUGAGCCUGGCGGUGUCAUCCCGUUCGCGGAAACCCACGUCAUGGAACACGGACUCUAUGUGCUGCAAGGCAAAGCUGUCUACCGCCUGAAUCAGGACUGGGUCGAGGUGGAGGCGGGCGACUUCAUGUGGCUGCGCGCCUUUUGCCCGCAGGCGUGCUACGCGGGCGGCCCUGGCAAGUUCCGUUACCUGCUUUACAAAGAUGUGAACCGGCACAUGAAGCUCUCGAGAUAG